GUAGGAGAAAAAGAACAAAGUCCAGCGAGUACAAAGCAGAAAAAACUGCAAGUAAAAAAGACCUUCAAGGAAACUCAAGGAAUCUAUGUACAAAAGACUAGUUUACCCUGUAUUCAAAUAAGAUUUUGCUACAACAAUUGCUACAUUUGUUCUGACACCAUUUUCUCGGGAUGCAUGUAUUAAUUGUGACCAUUGGAUGUCUAUUCGUUGCAUGUUUGGAAGGAGCGGCAGUAAAACAAUGGGGAGGAGAUGGUACAACCCCCAACCUGGGAGAGAUCAUUAUAGGCAGGUGCUACGAUUACAUCGAGACAGUGAACCCUUCUGUAGGCAGGAAGAACUGCUCUGAGAUAUGGGAAGCUUUUAAAUCUGCAUUUGUCAACAAGGAUCCGUGUUCCAUAUUUCCAUCGGACUAUGAGCUGUAUAUUAAUCUGACAUUGCACAAUAUCCCCCCAAAUAAGUCAGUUUUCUGGGAAAACAACAAAGCUCUAGUUCAUCGAUACUCCGACAGAACAAAGCGUUACAUGCCGCUCGGAGAUACACUACCUGGUUGGUUAGGAGACAAUUUAAAUUGGUGUGGAGUCACUAAUGAACCAGGAAUGGAUUACAUCUCCUGUCCCACAACAACAGAAUGUGAAUACAAUGCACAGGAAUCAUUCUGGAGAAUUGCUUCUGUAACUUACGCAAAAUAUAGCUCUGGAGAAAUACAGAUUAUGCUAAAUGGUUCUACUCCUGGUGGCGCUUUUCCAGUCCCUAGUUUUUUAGCCGACUACGAGAUUCCUAACUUUGACACCAACAAAAUAUCCAAGGUCAAUAUCUGGGUGAUGGAUGACAUUGGUGGAGCAGACAUAGACUCAUGUGGGAAGAACAGUUUGAGUGUUUUGGAAACUAUGUUAGGAUCAAAACAUUUGUCAUACAGUUGUGUGGAUAAUUACAGACCCGUCAAGAUCUUGCAGUGUGUGGAUUUCCCUGGUCAGAUUGACUGCAUCACAAACAGUGGCAUUUGCUUCCCUGCAUUAUGGAUUGGCAUAAUGCUACCAUGGCUUGCUCUGAUAAGUAAUCAUUUUUGAGUGGCUGAAGAAAAGUUGCUGGACAUAUGUGAUUUCUAUGCAACA